UUGUCUAUCCUGCAGAGACAGAGAUGCUGGUUGCAAGUUUUGGAGAUUUCUGUUUUCUAUGGAACACAGUUUUGUAAAAUAUUCAUAAAAUUCCUUGGCAAUAACAUACUCUUGUGAUGGACCCUAGAAAUACUGCUAUGUUAGGAUUGGGUUCUGAUUCCGAAGGAUUUUCAAGAAAGAGCCCCUCUGCUGUCAGUAUUGGCACACUGGUAAGCAAGAGAGAAGAAGAGCUAGAAAACAACACAAAAGAGGAAGAGGGCCUUCGCAAGUGGAAUCGGGAAAGAAGCAUUGAAGCAGGGAAAGAUGAUGGUUUGACUGAUGCACAGCAACAGUUUUCAGUGAAAGAAACAAACUUUUCAGAAGGAAAUUUAAAAUUGAAAAUUGGCCUUCAGGCUAAGAGAACUAAAAAACCUCCAAAGAACUUGGAGAACUAUGUAUGUCGACCUGCCAUAAAAGCAACAAUCAAGCACCCAAGAAAAGCACUUAAAAGUGCAAAGAUGACAGAUGAAAAGCAUGAACACUGUCCUUCAAAACGAGACCCUUCAAAGUUGUACAAGAAAGCAGGUGAUAUUGCAGCCAUUCAAUGCCAAUCUGAAGAAAACAUCCAUCUUCAUUCACAGGGAGAAAACAAUCCUUUGUCUAAGAAGCUUUCUCCAGUACACCCAGAAAUGUCAAAUUACAUUAACGCAACAUCGUCUACUCUUGUUGGUAGCCAGGAUCCUGAUUUAAAGGACAGGACAUUACUCAAUGGAGGAACAAGUGUAACAGAAAAGUUGGCACAGCUUAUUGCAACUUGUCCUCCCUCCAAGUCUUCCAAGACAAAACUGAAGAAGUUAGGUACUGUCUCUUCUCCUUCAGGAUUGGUUAGCAAGGAUUUGAUCAGGAAAGCAGGUGUUGGCUCUCUAGCUGGAAUAAUACAUAAGGACUUAAUUAAAAAACCAGCUAUUAGCACAGAAGUUGGAUUGAUAACUAAAGAUCCUGGGAAAAAGCCAGUGUUCAGUGCAACAGUAGGGUUGGUCAGUAAGGACUCUGUGAAAAAACUAGGAACUGGCACUACAGCGGUAUUCAUUAAUAAAGACUUAGGCAAAAAGCCAGGGACUAUCACUACAGUAGGACUGGUGAGCAAAGAUUCAGGAAAGAAGCUAGGAAUUGGUAUUGUUCCAGGUUUAGUGAAUAAGGAAUCUGGAAAGAAGUUAGGAUUUGGCACUGUGGUUGGACUGGUUAAUAAAGACUUGGGAAAGAAACUGGGUUCUACUGUUGGCCUCGUGGCCAAGGACUGUGCAAAGAAGAUUGUAGCAAAUUCAACAAUGGGAUUAAUUAAUAAGGACAUUGGAAAGAAACUAGUGAGUUGUCCUGUGGCAGGACUGGUCAGUAAAGAUGCCCUAAACCUUAAAGCGGAAGCACUGCUCUCCACUCAGGAAUCACUUAAAGCUUCUUGUACAAAUGUCAGUAGUCAUGAAAGUCAGGAACUUUCUGAAUCCCUGAAAGACAGUGCCACCAGCAAAACUUUUGAGAAGAAUGUCGUACGACAGAGUAAAGAAAGCAUAUUGGAAAAGUUCUCAGUUCGAAAAGAAAUCAUUCAUUUGGAGAAAGAAAUGUUUAAUGAAGGAACAGGCAUUCAGCAAGAUAGUUUCUCAUCCAGUGAAAGGGGGUCAUAUGAAACCUCAAAGCAUGAAAAGCAACCUCCUGUAUAUUGCACUUCUCCAGACUUUCAAAUGGGAACUGCUUCUGAUGCAUCUAUAGCUAAAUCCCCUUUUAGUGCAGUAGGAGAAAGCACUCUCCCUUCCCCAUCACCUACUGUAUCUGUUAAUCCUUUAACCAAAAGUCCCCCUGAGACUUCUCCACAGUUGGCUCCUAAUUCAUUACUUUUAAGUCCUACUACAGAACUAAGGGAAGAAAUUUCUGAAUCUGGUGGAAAGAACCAAUUUACUUCUGAAAGUACCCACUUGAACAUUGGACAUAGGCCUGUGGGUCAUAUCAUGAAUAUUGAAUGUAAAGGGAUUGAUAAAGAGCUAAGUGAUUCAAAAGCUACACAUAUAGAUAUUACAAGAAUAAGCUCUUCUCUGGGAAAAAAGCCAAGUUUGACUUCUGAAUCCAGUGUACAUACAAUUACCCCUUCAGUUGUUAACUUCACUAGUUUAUUUAGUAACAAGCCCUUUCUAAAACUUGGUGCGAUAACUGCCUCUGACAAACACUGCCAAGUUGCUGAGAGUCUAAGCAAUAGUUUGCAGUCCAAACCAUUAAAAAAAAGGAAAGGAAGAAAACCUCGGUGGACUAAAGUGGUGGCAAGAAGCACAUGCCGAUCUCCAAAAGGACUAGAAAUAGAAAGAUCAGAGCUGUUUAAAAAUGUUUCAUGUAGCUCAUUAUCACAUAGUAAUUCUGAGCCAGCCAAGUUUAUGAAAAACAUUGGACCAUCUUCAUUUGUAGGUCAUGACUUUCUUAAACGCCAUUUGCCAAAGCUGAGCAAAUCUACAACUCCAUCUCUUGCUCUCUUAACUGACAGUGAAAAACCAUCUCAUAAGUCUUUUGCUACUCACAAACUAUCCUCUAGUAUGUGUGUCUCUAGUGACCUUUUGUCUGAUAUUUAUAAGCCCAAAAGAGGAAGACCUAAAUCUAAAGAGAUGCCUCAACUGGAAGGUCCACCUAAGAGGACUUUAAAAAUCCCUGCCUCUAAAGUUUUUUCUUUGCAGUCUAAGGAAGAACAAGAACCCCCAAUUUUGCAACCAGAAAUCGAAAUUCCUUCCUUCAAACAAAGUCUGUCUGUGUCUCCUUUUCCAAAAAAGAGAGGCAGACCUAAGAGGCAAAUGAGGUCACCAGUCAAGAUGAAGCCACCUGUACUAUCAGUGGCUCCAUUUGUUGCCACCGAAAGUCCAAGCAAGCUAGAGUCUGAAAGUGACAACCACAGAAGUAGUAGUGAUUUUUUUGAGAGUGAGGAUCAACUUCAGGAUCCAGAUGAGCUAGAUGACAGUCAUAGGCCAGCUGUCUGUAGUAUGAGUGACCUUGAGAUGGAUCCAGAUAAAAAAAUUAUCAAGAGAAACAAUGGACAGUUGAUGAAAACCAUUAUCCGCAAAAUAAAUAAAAUGAAGACUUUAAAGAGAAAGAAACUGUUGAAUCAGAUUCUUUCGAGCUCUGUAGAAUCAAGUAAUAAAGGGAAAGUGCAAUCCAAACUCCAUAAUACAGUGUCAAAUCUUGCUGCCACAUUUGGCUCUAAAUUGGGACAACAGAUAAACGUCAGUAAGAAAGGAACCAUUUACAUAGGAAAAAGGAGGGGUCGAAAACCAAAAACUGUCUUAAAUGGCAUUCUUUCCGGUAGCCCUACCAGCCUUGCUGUUCUUGAGCAAACAGCUCAGCAGGCAGCAGGGUCAGCAUUAGGACAGAUCCUUCCCCCUUUGCUGCCUUCAUCUGCUAGUAGUUCUGAGAUUCUUCCAUCACCUAUUUGCUCUCAGUCUUCUGGGACUAGUGGAGGUCAGAGCCCUGUAAGUAGUGAUGCAGGCUUUGUUGAACCCAGUUCAGUGCCAUAUUUGCAUUUACACUCCAGACAGGGCAGUAUGAUUCAGACUCUUGCAAUGAAGAAGGCCUCAAAGGGGAGGAGGCGAUUAUCUCCUCCUACUUUGUUGCCAAAUUCUCCUUCACAUUUGAGUGAACUCACAUCUCUGAAAGAAGCUACUCCUUCUCCCAUCAGUGAGUCUCAUAGUGAUGAGACCAUUCCCAGUGAUAGUGGAAUUGGAACCGAUAAUAACAGCACAUCAGAUAGGGCAGAGAAAUUUUGUGGGCAAAAAAAGAGGAGGCAUUCCUUUGAGCAUGUUUCUCUGAUUUCCCCUGAAACCUCUACAGUUCUAAGCAGUCUUAAAGAAAAACAUAAGCAUAAAUGUAAGCGCAGGAAUCAUGAUUACCUCGGCUAUGACAAGAUGAAAAGGCAGAAACGAAAACGGAAAAAGAAAUAUCCCCAACUCCGUAAUAGACAGGAUCCAGACUUUAUUGCAGAUCUGGAGGAAUUAAUAAGUCGUCUAAGUGAAAUUCGAAUUACCCAUCGAAGUCAUCAUUUUAUCCCUCGAGACCUCCUUCCAACUAUUUUUCGAAUCAACUUUAAUAGUUUCUAUACACAUCCUUCUUUCCCCUUAGACCCUUUGCACUACAUUAGAAAGCCUGACUUAAAAAAAAAAAGAGGAAGACCCCCUAAGAUGAGGGAGGCAAUGGCUGAAAUGCCCUUUAUGCAUAGCCUUAGUUUUCCUCUUUCUAGUACUGGAUUCUAUCCCUCUUAUGGCAUGCCUUAUUCUCCCUCACCCCUUACAGCUGCUCCGAUAGGAUUGGGUUAUUAUGGAAGGUAUCCCCCUACUCUUUAUCCACCUCCUCCAUCUCCUUCUUUCACUACUCCACUUCCACCUCCUUCCUAUAUGCAUGCUGGUCAUUUACUUCUCAAUCCUACCAAAUACCAUAAGAAAAAACAUAAGCUCCUUAGACAGGAGGCCUUUCUUACAACCAGCAGGACUCCCCUCCUUUCCAUGAGUACAUACCCUAGUGUUCCCCCUGAAAUGGCCUAUGGUUGGAUGGUUGAGCACAAACACAGACACCGUCACAAACAUAGAGAACACCGUUCUUCUGAGCAACCCCAGGUUUCCAUGGACACUGGCUCUUCCAGAUCAGUUUUGGAGACUUUGAAGCGCUAUCGAUUUGGGAAGGAUACUGUUGGAGAACGGUAUAAACAUAAGGAAAAGCACCGGUGUCAUAUGUCCUGCCCUCAUCUUUCUCCUUCAAAAAGCUUAAUAAACAGAGAAGAACAGUGGAUCCACAGAGAGCCUUCAGAAUCGAGUUCAUUGGCCUUGGGAUUGCAGACACCUUUACAGAUUGACUGUUCGGAAACUUCUCCAAGUUUAUCCCUUGGAGGAUUCACUCCCAGCUCUGAUCCGGCCAGCAGUGAUGAACAUACAAACCUUUUCACAAGUGCAAUAGGCAGCUGCAGAGUUUCAAACCCUAACUCCAGUGGCCGGAAGAAAUUAACUGACAGCCCUGGACUGUUUUCUACACAGGACACUUCACUAAAUCGGCCUCACAGAAAGGAGCUACUGCCUUCCAAUGAAAGGGCGUUACAGACCUUGUCUGGUUCCCAACCAACAUCAGAUAAGUCUUCCCAGAGAUCAUCAGAGAGUAUAAACUGUAGCCCUACUCGGAAGAGGUCUUCAUCCGAAAGUACUUCUUCAGUGAAUGGAGUUCCCUCUCGAAGUCCAAGAUUGGUUUCUUCUGGGGACGACUCCGUGGAUAGUCUGCUGCAGCGGAUGGUACAACAUGAAAAUCAAGAGCCCCUGGAAAAAAACAUUGAUGCUGUGAUUGCAUCUGCCUCUGUGCCACCUUCUUCCAGUCCAGGCCAUAACCACAGCAAGGAACGAUCCCUGGGAAAGCCAGACAGCCUUCUAGUGCCUGCAGUACCCAGUGACUCUUGUAGUAACAGCAUCUCACUCCUUUCUGAAAAGUUGCCAAGCAGCUGUUCCUCUCAUCAUAUCAAGAGAAGUGUAGUAGAAGCUAUGCAGCGCCAAGCUCGGAAAAUGUGCAAUUAUGACAAAAUCUUGGCCACCAAGAAAAACCUGGAUCAUGUAAAUAAAAUUUUAAAAGCCAAAAAACUUCAAAGACAGGCCAGGACAGGAAAUAACUUCGUGAAACGCAGACCAGGUCGACCUCGGAAAUGUCCCCUCCAGGCUGUGGUAUCAAUGCAAGCAUUUCAAACUACUCAGUUUGUCAGCCCAAAAUUGAAUGAAGGUGAAGAAGAAGCAGCACUACACCUUGGUCCUGAUACAGUUCAAGAUGUCAUUGAAGCUGUUGUUCAGAGUGUGAACCUGAAUUCCAACCAUAAGAAGGGAUUGAAGAGGAAAAGUUGGCUUUUGGAAGAACAGGCCAAGAAAAAGCAGAAGCCAUUCUCAGAACAAGAGCAAGAGAAUACCAAAAGCUUUACUGAAGCAGCAGUUGAGAUUCCCAGUCCUCCUGAAACCCCAGCCAAACCUCUUGAACCUGAAAGUACCUUGCAGCCUGUGCUUUCACUUAUCCCAAGAGAAAAGAAGGCCCCACGUCCCCCAAAGAAGAAGUAUCAGAAAGCAGGGCUGUAUUCUGAUGUUUACAAAACUACAGAAUCCAUUCGUGCUGUUGAAAAUAGCAAGAUUUUGUUCGUUUUUAUGGCCCAGUCAUAUCCCAUUGUCCCAAAGAGCCGAUUGAUGCAAUUAAAGAAAGAGAAGCUGGAAUACUCUCCAGGAGAGCAUGAAUAUGGGUUAUUCCCAGCCCCCAUUCAUGUUGGAAAGUAUCUAAGGCAAAAGAGAAUUGACUUCCAGCUUCCCUAUGACAUCCUUUGGCAGUGGAAACAUAAUCAGCUAUACAAAAAGCCAGAUGUCCCACUAUAUAAAAAAAUUCGUUCAAAUGUCUACGUUGAUGUCAAACCCCUUUCUGGUUAUGAGGCUACCACCUGUAACUGUAAGAAACCAGAUGAUGACACCAGGAAGGGCUGUGUGGAUGACUGCCUCAAUAGAAUGAUCUUUGCUGAAUGUUCCCCCAACACUUGUCCUUGUGGUGAGCAGUGCUGUAACCAGAGGAUACAGAGGCAUGAGUGGGUGCAAUGUCUAGAACGAUUUCGAGCUGAGGAAAAAGGUUGGGGGAUCAGAACUAAAGAACCCCUAAAAGCUGGGCAAUUCAUCAUUGAAUACCUAGGGGAGGUUGUCAGCGAACAGGAGUUCAGGAACAGGAUGAUUGAACAGUAUCAUAAUCACAGUGAUCACUAUUGUCUGAACCUGGAUAGUGGGAUGGUGAUUGACAGUUAUCGCAUGGGAAAUGAGGCUCGAUUCAUCAACCACAGCUGUGACCCAAACUGUGAAAUGCAGAAAUGGUCUGUUAAUGGAGUAUACCGGAUUGGAUUAUAUGCUCUUAAAGAUAUGCCAGCUGGUACUGAACUCACUUAUGAUUACAACUUUCAUUCCUUUAAUGUUGAAAAACAGCAACUGUGUAAGUGUGGCUUUGAGAAAUGUCGAGGAAUCAUCGGAGGCAAGAGUCAGCGUAUGAAUGGACUCACCAGCAGCAAAAGCAGCCAGCCUAUGGCCACACAUAAAAAGUCUGGACGGUCAAAAGAAAAGAGGAAGUCUAAGCACAAGCUGAAAAAAAGGAGAGGCCACCUCUCUGAGGAACCCAGUGAAAACAUCAACACUCCAACAAGAUUGGCCCCUCAGUUGCAAAUGAAGCCCAUGUCCAAUCGAGAGAGGAACUUUGUAUUAAAGCAUCAUGUGUUCUUGGUUCGAAACUGGGAGAAGAUUUGGCAGAAGCAGGAGGAAGUAAAGCACACUGGUGAUAAUAUUCACUCAGCAUCGUUAUAUACCCGCUGGAAUGGUAUCUGCCGAGAUGAUGGGAACAUCAAGUCUGAUGUCUUCAUGACCCAGUUCUCUGCCCUGCAGACAGCCCGAUCUGUUCGAACAAGACGGUUGGCAGCUGCAGAGGAAAACAUUGAAGUGGCUCGAGCAGCCCGCCUAGCCCAGAUCUUCAAAGAGAUCUGUGAUGGAAUCAUCUCUUACAAAGAUUCUUCCCGACAAGCACUGGCGGCACCACUUUUGAACCUCCCCCCAAAGAAAAAGAAUGCUGAUUAUUACGAGAAGAUCUCUGAUCCCCUAGAUCUUUCUACCAUAGAGAAGCAGAUCCUCAUUGGUUAUUAUAAAACAGUGGAGGCUUUUGAUGCUGACAUGCUCAAGGUUUUUCGGAACGCUGAGAAGUACUACGGGCGUAAAUCCCCAGUUGGAAGAGAUGUUUGCCGCCUGCGAAAGGCCUAUUAUAACGCCCGGCAUGAGGCAUCAGCCCAAAUCGAUGAGAUUGUGGGAGAGACAGCAAGUGAGGCAGACAGCAGUGAGACCUCAGUCUCUGAGAAGGAGAAUGGGCAUGAGAAGGAUGAUGAUGUUAUCCGCUGUAUCUGUGGCCUCUACAAGGACGAAGGCCUCAUGAUCCAGUGUGACAAGUGCAUGGUGUGGCAGCACUGCGACUGUAUGGGAGUGAACUCGGAUGUGGAGCACUACCUUUGUGAGCAGUGCGACCCAAGGCCCAUGGACAGAGAGGUACCCAUGAUCCCUCGGCCCCAUUAUGCUCAACCUGGCUGUGUCUACUUCAUCUGUUUGCUCCGAGAUGACUUGCUGCUUCGUCAAGGUGACUGUGUAUAUCUGAUGAGGGAUAGUCGACGCACCCCUGAUGGCCACCCAGUCCGUCAGUCCUAUCGACUGUUAUCUCACAUUAACAGAGAUAAACUUGACAUCUUCCGCAUUGAGAAGCUUUGGAAGAAUGAGAAAGAGGAACGGUUUGCCUUUGGCCACCAUUAUUUCCGUCCCCAUGAAACUCACCAUUCUCCAUCACGUCGGUUCUAUCACAAUGAAUUAUUUCGGGUGCCACUGUAUGAGAUCAUUCCCUUGGAGGCAGUAGUGGGGACCUGCUGUGUAUUGGACCUUUAUACAUAUUGCAAAGGGAGACCCAAAGGAGUAAAGGAGCAAGACGUGUACAUCUGUGAUUAUCGGCUUGACAAGUCAGCACACCUGUUUUACAAGAUCCACCGGAACCGCUAUCCUGUCUGUACCAAGCCCUAUGCCUUUGAUCACUUCACCAAGAAGCUCACUCCCAAAAGAGAUUUUUUGCCUCAUUAUGUUCCAGACAACUACAAGCGGAACGGAGGGCGAUCGUCCUGGAAGUCUGAGCGUUCCAAGGCACCCCUAAAAGACUUGGGCCAGGAGGAUGAUGCUCUGCCCUUAAUUGAAGAGGUUCUGGCCAGUCAAGAGCAAGCAGCCAGUGAGAUGCCAAGCCUGGAGGAGCCAGAACAGGAGGGGGCUACUGCUGAAGUCAGUGAGGGUGGAAAAAAAACAGAAGAGAGUGGUCAAGAAGCCCAGUCAGCCUGUACCCCUGAGGAACGACGGCAUAACCAACGGGAACGACUCAACCAGAUACUGCUCAAUCUCCUUGACAAAAUCCCGGGGAAAAAUGCUAUCGAUGUGACCUACUUGCUGGAGGAAGGAUCAGGCAGGAAACUACGAAGGCGUACUCUGUUUAUCCCAGAAAACAGCUUUCGGAAAUGAACCUCAAAGAAUGACAACCUCAAGCAUCUCGGAUCCAGUGGAGCCAACAAUCCUGCCUCCUGUUCUCUGAAUGUAGACAGGGGCGGGAAGGGUCCAUCUAGCAAGGGGAAUGGGGCGAUGUCAUUAACAUUAGGUACUUAAUAAACAUUGGAGCUAGUGGAGAGGAAGAGGGAAGGGGAUCUGUCUAACCAGUUCAAUUUAACUUGUUUUCCUCUCCAUUUAUCUAGAAGGUUAAAAAUAAUGUAGGGAGGAGGAUAGAGCACAUUAAAGAUGACCAAAACCACUGGUACUUUACAACACUUGCCCCUCCCCCAGCUUGGGUUUUCUGUCAUGCUCUGAUCCCACAGGCACUGCUAAGAAGCUGCUUCCCGUACCCAGGUGUGUGUAAGUCAAAGUCCAAAGGUAUAGGGCCAGGAACCCCACCCAUGCCUACUGUCUGUUUUCUGUGGGCUCUAAAAGCUAUCCCAGAGACUUAAGACAGAAAACAGUAGCUGGGGCCUCUUUCCAGAUCCCUAAUUAGGAAAGUUUCUCUCCCCUUUCUUGCCCAACCAGGUCAAAGUUAAACAUGAGUUGAUAACUCAAAGCACUUGUAGCUAUUGGCCCUCUCCCUACUCCUACUCCCCCAAAUGGAAUCAUGGAAUAGGGAAGGCCCCCAUGGGGUCAGAGGGCACAGUACUUACUAUAAUUAACUUUGUUUUAACCUUUAUAACCUGCCGAAAGUAUUUUUUUCUAAUGAGAAGGCCAGGCCCCCCACCCCAGCACAUGUACGGUUUAUGCGCUGUGGUUUGUGUGUGUCUGCUGUGCUGUGCGAAUGGAAAUUCAUUUCAAAAUAAAAUCAUUUUAAAAGCUACGUAAAAGUGAACUCUAACCCCCACCAAACAAAAGUCACUACAUGAACUGUUGAACAGUAUUCACCUAUCAGAGUAUUUGUUGUAAGUGUAGAUUAUCAAUUGAAAACACUACUUUUGUUUUCUUUAUUGUACAGUUUUUAAUGUCCAUCUCUUAAAGAGACAGUGUAUUCUCCCCACCCCUAGUUCCAUCUUUCCUCUACCCUCCUGAUUAUCAGGAGGGAUAUCCAGGGUGUUUCCUUCCUUCCCAUUCUCUUGGCCAGAAGUUAUCGGACAAUACUGUCUCUUUAAAAAUAAAAUUUAAAAAAGUUUGCUUUGUUGUCUUCUCAGACAUACAUAUGCAUAUACAUUUUAGAUGUUCUUAUAAAAGAUGGUUUUUAAAUGUGCCAAGUUGUAUGUGUGUAUAUAUAUGUGUGUGUGUAUGUGUGUGUGUGUGUGUGUGUAUAUACACAUCUGCUGCGUGAUUAGCAAGCAAUACAAUAGUAAACAAGUCCCCAUUACUUUUUUCUAAUAUUGGACCAAUGCUGUCCUAAUUGUACAUUUUACCUUAUGAUGACGACACUCUGACUUGUUUAGGUAGAAACAUUGACCACCUUCCAUUCCAUUAAAUCUUUUUUCCUUUUUCUCCUUUCUAUGUCAAUCUUGAGGAAAAGACAAAAGAAACAGGGGAUGCCAAAGAUCCCCUUGAGCAGAGAAAAAGCAGAAUAAAUAUUUUAUUAAAGAAAAAAGAGAAUUAAGAAAAUAGUUUGGAGUAUUUUCUUACCGUAGAGAAGCACUGUACAUUACUAAGAGGCCCGGGUAUAAGAUACUCACAUGUGGAGCUGGAGAAAUCGCAUGUCCAAGCCCAUUUGAGUGGUUUCUUUUGGUUUUCAUUUCAGGGAGCUGGGUGGGAGGGAGGUGGGGACAGGGGCACUUUGGGAGUCUCCUUUUAGUCAAAAGCAGGAAAGUGACAAGAAAGAGUUUAAAAUUCAAUAUUUCUUUUAAUAGUGUUAAACACUAAAAUUUUAAAAAAGAAAAAAACUAAAAAGAAAAAAACUUUGUAAAAUGUGUGAACAGAAGCAAAAGACACUACGCUCUGUCAUUUUAUCUUUCUUUUGUUGAAAGACUAAAAACUGAAAUGUUUUUUAGACAAUCAAAUGUUAGGUAAGUGCAAAAAAACUUGUUUUUUCUUACUGGUGUAGAAAUUAAUGCCUUUUUUAUUUUUCGGUUAUUUUAUAAUAACGAAAUUAAAAGAACCCCCUAGCUGCCAGGUGGGUUUUGGUGUUUGAAAUGCGGGGCAAAGCACUACAUCACUGCAAAUAGAUACAGUUAGUCUGCAUGUCUGUAGGCUGUGUGAUUGCGGAAAAUAUAAAUGCUGCUAAUAUAUUUCCUUUUUACAAAAGCAUAUCUAAAUAGAUGAUUGUUUUGAUGUUAAUCUUUGUAAAUUAUGUAUUACCAAUUUUAACAUUGGAUGUAAUUGCAUAAAAAGCUUGCAUCUCAAUCCUUGAAAGUCUAGUAUUAAAUGGAAAAAACUUUUCCUAACUA